CGGUAAAACAAGUCGACUUUAUAAGCCAUGUCAUUGGCUUGCUAUCACAUCUGUCGGUCAUGGCACCGAAACUGGGUUAUUGGAAAAUCAGAGGCCUCGCACAACCAAUUAGACUUCUUCUGGAAUAUCUUGAAGAAAUAUAUGAGGAACAUGCAUAUGAUCGCAAUGAAGUUGAUGCCUGGCGCAACGAUAAAUUUAAAUUAGGCCUGGAGUUCCCCAAUCUUCCUUAUUAUAUUGAUGGUGAUUUCAAAUUAACACAAUCUAUGGCUAUCAUACGUUAUAUAGCUGACAAACACAACAUGUUGGGGGCUUGUCCAGAAGAACGUGCAGAAAUUUCGAUGCUUGAAGGAGCGAUUUUAGAUAUUAAGACGAGUAUUUGGACAAUUGCAUGCAAUAAGGAAUAUCAAACACUCAAAGUUGAUUUUCUCAACGAACUUCGUGAGAAGCUGAAAAUGUUCGAAGAUCAUCUGUCUAACAAAACGUAUUUGAACGGUAACUGCGUAACUCAUCCUGACUUUAUGUUAUACGACACUCUUGAUGUGGUUUUAUACAUGGACUCACAGUGCUUGAACGAGUUACCAAAAUUAGUUUGUUUCAAACAAUGUAUUGAAGAUUUACCACAAAUUAAGAACUACUUAAAUUCUAGCAGGUACAUAAAAUGGCCUCUGCUAGGUUGGAGUGCUACGUUUGGAGAUGGAGAUACUCCUUCAAAUUAGAUUAACAGUAAAUCUUCUGAUAAAUAAAAUUUAAAGCCUGUUAUAUUUGUACUAAAUAAAAAAUAAUAAAAUUCUGAACUGCUCUUUUUUAUGUGGAAGUAUUACAGUGUGCGUAAAUGCUAUAGUACCCAAAAAAUAACACUGUCAUUUCAUCAGGUGUAUGCACCCUGAGUAUUUAUUGAUACAAGUCAAAACGAAUUAAUAUUGAAGUUAAUAGCGUUGUACUUUGCCAAAUUUAUUAUAAACGUGUGUCUAAUUACUACCCUCCCUGACACAAUAGAUAGCUGGUGCUAGAGUAAGGUGGAAGAAAGCCAGGGACGGACAUACCAAGACAUAAUUUCAACUCAUGAAACCAUCAUCUGCCAAGCUAAGUCGUGUUAUUA